GCAGUCAGCUGCCCCUGCCUGCCACUUUCUUCACAUUCUGCAAGAUUUCUCAGCGGCAAGCUUUCGGAGCCGCCUCUGCACAGGAGCUCAUUUAAGGAGCAGGUGGCUAGAGAAUUUAGCUAUGUCAGCAGGGCCUCUUUCCUUUGCAUCUGGACCCCUUCUGGCAUUUUGAGUUCUGCAUUGUUGAUUUUUGGAGCCGUAUCUUGUGCUUGUUCUUUCUUUCAUCCACCUUCAAAUCUUUGCUGCAUCACAAGCUCUCAUUAUGCUGUACAUCAUACCACAGUCUGUUUCUUGCCUCUGCUAGGCAGUGGCAGCAUGGAUGGUGUUCUUGUGACGACCUCUGCUGAUUCUAUCAGUCCACUGCGGACAGGCAUGCUGAGUAAUCCUGCUGUAAAUGGGCGAGGACACAGACACACGGAAAAUUAACCAUGGCUUUCUUCGAGACCACAACUAUGUGACUGAAGGACUGGCAUAGCAUGGGCGGCGGCAGCCAUGCAACCUUCCCCACACUGCCAUGCCAAUGUGUCUGAACCCUCUUCUGAAGAGAGCACCUCUGGAGGUGAGUGGGAAGCUGACAUUAUUUCAACUGUUGAGUUCAACCACACAGGAGAGUUGCUGGCAACAGGGGAUAAAGGAGGUCGAGUUGUUAUAUUCCAAAGGGAGCCAGAGAGCAAAAAUGAGCCUUAUAGCCAAGGUGAAUACAAUGUUUACAGCACCUUCCAGAGUCAUGAACCAGAGUUUGACUAUCUGAAGAGUUUGGAAAUAGAGGAGAAAAUCAACAAGAUAAAGUGGUUGCCGCAGCAGAAUGCAGCCCACUCUCUUCUGUCCACAAAUGAUAAAACUAUUAAACUGUGGAAGAUCACUGAACGAGAUAAGAAACCUGAGGGGUACAAUUUAAAGGAUGAAGAGGGGAAGCUUAAAGAUCUUUCCACAGUGACAUCACUUCAGGUGCCUGUACUGAAACCCACGGACUUGAUGGUAGAAGUCAGCCCCAGAAGAAUUUUUGCUAAUGGCCACACCUAUCACGUCAAUUCAAUUUCCGUCAACAGUGACUGUGAGACAUACAUGUCAGCAGAUGAUCUUAGGAUUAAUCUCUGGCAUUUAGGAAUUACAGAUCGAAGCUUCAACAUUGUAGAUAUAAAGCCAGCCAACAUGGAGGAUUUGACAGAAGUUAUUACUGCAUCUGAAUUCCACCCUCACCACUGCAAUCUCUUUGUUUACAGCAGUAGCAAAGGGUCUUUGAGACUUUGUGACAUGAGGGCAUCAGCGCUCUGUGACAAGCAUUUUAAACUUUUUGAAGAGCCUGAAGACCCCAGUAGCCGCUCGUUUUUCUCCGAAAUUAUUUCUUCUGUGUCUGAUGUCAAAUUUAGCCACAGUGGGCGAUAUAUGCUAGCAAGAGAUUACCUCACUGUCAAGGUUUGGGAUCUGAACAUGGAAACAGUGCCAGUAGAGAUAUACCAGGUUCAUGACUACCUUAGAAGCAAACUGUGUUCCCUUUAUGAAAAUGAUUGCAUCUUUGACAAGUUUGAAUGUGCGUGGAAUGGAUCCGACAGUGUCAUUAUGACAGGAGCAUAUAACAAUUUCUUCCGAAUGUUCGACCGGAACACUAAGCGCGAUGUUACUUUAGAGGCCUCCCGAGAGAGUAGCAAACCGCGAGCAAUUCUCAAACCUCGGCGGGUGUGUGUUGGAGGCAAGAGAAGGAAAGAUGACAUCAGUGUUGACAGUUUGGACUUUACCAAGAAGAUCCUGCACACGGCAUGGCACCCAACAGAGAACAUCAUUGCUAUCGCAGCUACAAACAAUCUGUACAUAUUUCAGGACAAAAUGAACUCUGAAAUGCACUAGGAUUCCUCUUUGUAAACAGCCGUCCAAGAGGUGACAGGUGUGGUCGCUGUUUGAGAUGUGAUGCUAAUCCUUUUACUUGGAAGUAAACAUCGCUGAAUUCAGUGGGUCUUACUCCCCAUUAAGUGUCUGCAGGUGUGAUGGAGAUGGAUUUGCCCUUUUAACUACCCCCUACCACCCAUGCCCUUGAGACAACCACUCAAAUGUUUUAAUUUAUUGCAAUUGCUGCAGAGAUGUUUCAAAAUAAAUUCUGUUAAGAAGGACCCUGUGCCCCACUCAUCACUAAUUAUUCUAUAUUGUUUCUAAAAGACUGACCACAAGAAUUAGACACCUACAUAGUUCAAGGUCCUCCAUGAUUUUUUUUAAGGGUAUCCCCCUUGUGGGGGAGGGGUUUAAUCCCAGUUCUUACUUUUUUACGUUAGCCCACUAACACAGUUGUGGUUCCAAGAGCAAGGAGUUACUGAAGCACAGAAAUGGCCCCAAAGAUGCCUUAAGCCAGAAUCUGGGGCAUAAGGAAACCUUGCAAGAAGCCUCUGCUUGGGCCAGAGCAGCUAACAGCACAUACGCAAGCAGAAACAGAUGCGAUGGAGAUCAAAGGUAGACCAGAAGGCUUUUAGACUAAGGACCGCAUGGUUGGCACUGUCAUAAGGUACCAGCUAAGGGGGUGGGACCAUUAAGGACACACACAAAGCAGAAGACCAUCUGCAGCCUCUCAAGGAAAACUGCUGCAUGACUUUCAAUCCGUAGCUCGCCCCCCACUAUCCAAUACCAGCGUAGGUUUAUGGAGGGACUGGCAAUUAUUCUUUAAGGAGAUCUAUUUUCCGCUCAAUUUGAGUAAGGUGGGUAGAAUAUAAUGGUUAACAGCUAUCUAAUGACUUUUCAAAGUAUCUGCCAUUGUUCCAUCUGUAAGCAGGUUUCACUCUGAAAGUUCGUAAAGUAAAAAGGGCAAGGAGGACAGGCGCUAGCUCACCUCAGGAUACGCAAAACGAAUAAAUGACUGUCACAACGCAGCCAUUUAAAGCACUCUUCCGACAGAACUCGGCUCUUCCUACCAGAACUCACUCAAUUUGCAGUGCAAGCCCCUUGGACACGAAAUGUGGAGAUUUAAAAACACGCAGCAUGCUCAAUGAAACCUGCAAGAGUUAGUUGUCUCAUGUCAACCAUCUCCAAGUUAUUUUUUUUGGCCUGACUGAAAUGGAGGAAAGCACAAUCACCUAACUGGCCAGGCUGCCUUUCUCAAGAUCCCUCUGCUGUUACAUUAAUUUUGCACUAUUCUGCAUAGACCUUUCGAUAAAUGGGGAGGAGGGCGUCAUAAAGAAACUUGCAUGCCUUUGCACUUUGAUUUGGAGGGGGGGCGGGGAAAGAGAAGGGGAGAAAGUGAAUCCAAACGGAUUCUGUGACACAAUGAUUUUAAUCAGAAGCUUUGCUAGCACUACAUGAAAUGAAGGACACCUGCCAUUUUCCUGAUGCUGGACAUUGUGUGUACAGAAGCAUCAAUUCCAAUAAUCCACAUACAGUAUGAAAUGUAUACAGUAAUUUUACCUGGGAAUGAAUGUUUGUUUAUAAAGCUACUUCAUACUCUACGAGACACGGGCAGUAUUUACGUACACUGUAUUCUAAUUGAAAUUUGAACAAUCCAGUCUUCUUGUAAAAACUUUUAGGAAUAUGAAUACUGUAUAGAAUUCUUGUUAAAGCCAAAUAACCAAUUUUUUUUUUUAAAAAAAAACCUUUUGGCUUUAUUCAUUAAUCAGAGUAAUUUAAAAAAUGCUAACCGCACACUGGAAUUUUAUGUCUAAAAAUUGUAUUUUGGGGGUGGGGGCACUGUCUGGCAGUAACCAAGGAUGCAAUUGUUUCCCCCAGUUUCAAUUCUAUUAUCUUAUUCAUCAACUACCGAACUGGUUUAUGCAGGGAUUAUAUAAAAUCUUUCUAACUACAUAAAAUGUGUUUUCAGGCCACAUUAAUACAAAGUUUUCUGUUAGAAAGGAGGGACUAAACUCAAGACAUUAAGUGAUCUAUCUGGGUCUCCGAUAUCACCAUUAUAAUCUAAUUUUGUGAAUGUAAGAAAUGAAUGUCACUCAUUCCAAAUCCAUGAAGAACAACUUUUUGCUUUGGUUUUGAACUUAAGAAGGUAAAUAAUGAUACAGUUGGUAAAUCAAGUUAGUUGGAAAGCUUCAUGGCUGUAUUCUUGUGUUGCACAAAUUAGCUGACUGUUGUUGGAACAUAUAUAUAAAUAUGUUGAUACUGGCUUUUUCAAUAAACACUUUCUUUAAAAA